AUUCUUUUAUUAAAAAUUAGCAAGGUAACUUUAAAUAAAAUAUGAUUCUCAUAUCAGUGUAACGAUUUCUCGUAAUAACGUCAACUCACACUUUUAUUAACUCGAUUCAUAUUUAAAAUGUACAAGUCAAUUAUAUUUAUACUUGUCUUAACAAUAACAAUAGACAAAAGUUAUUCAAUAGGAUUUAAUCCAUUGACAAGUUUACAACAGCAAUUAAAUACAACAAUAGAUGCCGCUAAAACAACAAUAAAUGAUAAUUUAGCAACAGCUAAAAAUAAAAUAAAUGAAGCUGGUGUUGAAUUAAAAGAAGCUGCUGAAUCUGCUGGUCAAGCUAUGUACGAUCAAAUAAGUACUUUAAUUAAUCAGUUGGACAAUCAGUUUAAAGAACUAGAGAAAACUGCAGGAGAAGUUGACAUUAGUGAAUGUAUGGCACUUGGAAAUGCUAAGGACAUGAUAGCACUUAGUUUGAUGGUUAACGUGAGCAAUUGCAUUGUUGAACAUCUUGAAUUUGGAGACGGAUUUUCAGAGAGUCUUAACAAAGUCACCAAUGAUGUACUAGAUAAUUUAACUAGUGCACAGAAUGAAGCUAACAAGUGUUUUGAAGAUAUGAGCUUUAAGGCUAUAGCACAGGCUACUGUCUGCGCUAGUAAAGUGACAGCUAAAACAACCUGGAUAACAGUCAAUAGUAUUCCUGAGACAGCAACAACAAUUGGAAAACUAACAAACGAAAUGAGUAUGCUGCCAAUAAAUGUUCCAUACUGUACAGUUAGCAAUGGUAUCGGAGUUUUGCCAAAGAAAUACAUGGACCUUUACAAUGAAGUUAAAGAGUGUGUUGAUAAAAAAAAGUCUUUAAACAGUAACUAAGUAUGAGAUGGAAAAUUUCGGUAAAUUAUUUUUAGCUUAAAAAAAAAUAAAAUAUUUAAUCAGAUCAAAUGUUUGUUGUUAUUUUAGAAAUGCCGUGUUGCAGGUAUUGUAGGUCAUUUAAUACUAAAAAAUCGAUCUAGAGUACUGUGAUAGGUGGGGCGGUAUCUCUCUAUUACUCUAUUGAGAAUAAACGAAAGAGAUAGAUAUUAUUAUGACGACAAGUGUUAUUUAUAUAAAGAUAUGUACAUAUAUAUUUUAUCAUCAUAAUAAUAUUUAUAAAUUUCACGUAUUCAAAUAAUUUUUUUUUUCUCAGUUUUGGAAAUUAAAGUUAAUUGAUUUUUAGACAAAAUUUAUUUUAAAAAAAUUUCUUUUUACUUACAUAUUAAAAAUUAAUUUUUUUUUUUUUUCAAAAAACUAAAAAGUUCAUCGAAUAAAUUUUGCCCUUAAGUUAAAAAACGAAACUCAAUUUUUAAUUUAUUUUUUUAAAGAAUUGAUUAAAAAUUUUUUUUUUCUAAAGUAGAAAUGAUUCUAUUAAUAAAUAAAUUUAAAAAUAACUUAAAGUUAACUCACCUGAAAAUUUUUUUUUCAAAGUCUAGGAAAUCUUUUGACGUUCACUUGACUAAAAAAUAUUUUUAUAUAUAUAUGUGUGUAUUUAUAACUUGAAAUAUUUAUCUAUAAAUAUUUGAUUCAAGUGCAAAUAAUUAUAUUAACGUAAAUUAGUAAUUUACUAAUUCAAAAAAAAAAAAUAAUUGAACUCAUAGCGUAUCACGACGACGACGGCGAGGUUUGAUAAGAAUUCUGAUACGCCGCAUUGGAUUUGACGCACGUUUAAUCAUAAUGCUUGUAAUUGUUAAGUCAUAA